AUGUAUGAAAAUAUGUUUACGGCUCCAAAAAAAGACUUUUCAAUUCCACAGGAUGAAGGAAAAUCUGCUACUACAAAAAAGACUGGCACCUCUUUACAGGAAGAUAUAAAUGAUUUUAAUAAAGAUCUGCACAACUUUUAUAAUAUAGGUUUUAGCAGACAGGUUAUAUCUGCUUCACAAUUGGAAGAUGUAGUUAAGUCAAAAGGAAGAUUUAUUAUAAAAAGUUUGUCCACAAGUCCCUAUUUCAAUUUGGCGCUUGAAAAUUAUAUCUUCAAGAAUACACCUAGGGUUAAGAAAGGCUUCGAUAAUUGCAGACUGUUAUUUUACAUCAACGAUAAAUGUGCAGUCAUUGGUAAAAACCAAAAUCUGUGGCAAGAAGUGGAUCAUAUUAAGCUGAAAAAUAACAACUUUGAACUACUUAGAAGAUUCUCGGGAGGUGGCACGGUGCUGCAUGACUUAGGGAAUGUUAAUUAUUCGUAUUUAACAUCAAGAGAAAAUUUUGAGACAAAGUUUUUCAAUAAAAUGAUAAUUAAGUGGUUGAAUUCGUUCAAGCCUGAACUAGGGUUAGAGUUGAAUGAUAGAGGAGAUAUUAUUCAAAAUGGUUUCAAGAUUAGUGGUAGUGCUUAUAAAAUUGCAGGAGGUAAAGCAUACCACCAUGCAACAAUGUUGCUAAACGCUGAUUUGGAAAAUUUCGAUGGUCUAUUAGAACCAUCGUUACCAGGAAAUAUGGAAUGGGAAUCAAGUGGUGUUCAUAGUGUAAAAUCUAAAAUAAAGAACGUCGGUGUUAUUACUCCUGGACAGUUCAUUAGUUUAGUAUCCGAACGCUUUCAAAAAACCUUUAAAGUUGACGAUAACAUACCUGUAUAUAUUUGUGACGAAUUUAAAUCUAUGAAUCAUGAGAUCGAGAAUGCUAUGCAUACCUUACAGAGCAAUAAAUGGAAAUAUCUCUCCGGACCUAAAUUUUCAGUGCGUAUUAGAGAAAAAGAUUUGAAAAUUAAAGUCGAGAAGGGGAUGAUUUAUGAUUGUAAUAGAAGUGAAUUAAUCGGUCUGGAAUUUAAAGGCUUUUUGGAGAAUAUUGAUAGUUACACAUAG